AUGAGGACGCACACGCUUCUGUCCAUAACUCUGCUGGGCCUGCUGCUGUGGGCCUCCUGCACCCAGGCCGACGACGCUGACGACACCGACGCCACGCAAGAAGACACAUCGAAGGAGAUGACAGAAGAGACUGCAGGAGAGGAGGAGGAAACCACAGAGGCACCAAAGAAGGAGAAAACUACAGAGAUAGAAGAGGAGAACAAUGUGAUGAUUCUGCACAUCAACAACUUUGCCACAGCUCUCAGCGAGAAUCAGUAUCUACUGGUUGAGUUCUAUGCUCCCUGGUGUGGCCACUGUAAAAAGCUGGAGCCUGUGUACGCAGAGGCUGCUGGGAAGCUGAAGGGGGAGGAAGCUACGAUCCGUUUGGCCAAAGUGGAAGCGACGGAGGAAAAGGAGCUGGCCGAAGAGUUUAACGUCGGAGGCUUCCCAACUCUGAAACUGUUCAUGAACGGAGACCGAAAGCAGCCCAUCGAAUUCACUGGUAAGAGGUCCGCAGAGGGAAUAAUCCAGUGGAUGAAGCGUCGUGCAGGCCCCGGUGCUCCUGUGCUCGACUCUGCAGACUCUGCAGCUCAGUUCAUCGAUUCCCAUAACGUCACUGUCGUAGGGUUCUUUGAUAAUCUGGAGAGUGAGGUGGCCAAGGUGUUCAAGGAGCUUGCUUUGGAUUUUACUGACGCAGAAUUUGCUGUGUCAGCGAGUCCGGAGGUUUUCCAGAAGUAUGAAGUAAAAGCCAACUCGGUGGUGCUCUUCAAAAAGUUUGAUGACGGCAGAGCAGACUUCUCAUUGUCAGAAGAAGGGAAGCUGGACAAAAAAAAUCUGACCACCUUCAUCAAGGACAACAGCCUGGAGCUGAUCAUCCCCUUCAGCCAGGAGACUGCAGAGCAGAUCUUCACCUCCAAAAUCCUCGUGCACAGCCUGCUGUUCAUCAACUCCUCUGUGCAGAGUCAGACAGCCCUGAUGGACGAAUCCAAGACCAUCGCCAAAGAGUUCAAGGGCAAGAUGAUGUUUGUUGUGCUCGACGUGACAGAAGCCCUGUCCCAUGUGCUGAAAUACUUUGGCGUGUCCGAGAGUGAUGUCCCCACUGUACGCAUUAUCAACAUGGACACAGGACACAAGUUCAACACUGCUUCCGGGGAUUUCACUGUAAAUUCCCUGAGACAGUUGUGCCAGGACGUUGUGGACGGCACUGCCAAGCCCUAUUACCGGUCUGAGGAGAUCCCAGAGGACUGGAAUAAAGGACACGUCAAAGUCCUGGUGGGGAAGAAUUUUGAGUCUGUUGCUCUGGACCCGACCAAAAACGUCUUUGUGGAGUUCUAUGCUCCGUGGUGUGGACACUGUAAGGAACUGACUCCUAUCUGGGAACAGCUGGCGGAAAAGUAUGCCGACAAAGAAGACAUCAUCAUAGCCAAGAUGGACUCCACGGCCAACGAGGUGGAGUCUGUUUCCGUUGACGGAUUCCCAACGCUCAAAUACUUCCCUGCUGGUGGCAAAGAGGUGGUCGACUACACUGGAAAUAGAGAUCUGGAGACCUUGUCUAAGUUCCUGGAUGAUGGAGGAGUGUUGCCUAUAGAGGAAGAAACGUUUGAGGAGGAAGAAAGUUUUGAGGAGGAAGAUGAGGAUAAGGGAGCUGAUGAGUCUGCAGAGGUACCGACCAACAUAACAUCUAAAGAUGAGCUGUGAUGUCACUUUGGUGUUUGGCCAACCAGGAUCAACCUAGCACCUUCCAAUGUUUCUUAAUAAAAUUAAUUUGGGUAACAA